AUGUCCUUGUUCCUGGGCCUGUGGAUUAGCCUGGGCUUCCUGCUGCUGUGCCAGGCCACGCUGUACGAGACACUCCAGCAGCACCACGUGCCCCGGCCCGGACGCAACGCCAUCCAGAUCCUGGAAGGAGGUACGUGUGAGGUGAUCGCAGCCCACCGGUGCUGUAAUAAGAACCGUAUCGAGGAGCGCUCCCAGACCGUCAAGUGCUCCUGUCUACCGGGGAAAGUGGCCGGGACGACACGCAACAAACCCUCUUGUGUCGACGCGUCCAUUGUGAUUGGGAAGUGGUGGUGUGAGAUGGAGCCCUGUCUGGAGGGAGAGGAGUGUAAGACUCUGCCUGAUAACUCUGGAUGGAUGUGCUCCUCUGGGAACAAGAUCAAGACCACAAGGAACACUGCGCCAUACUCACCUUUUUAG